CUUCUGUGAUUUGAAGUUACUCUGUCGGUAAUGAUUCUGUGUAGUAUAUCGAAUCAGGAAAGGAACUACCUUUAAAUAUUUGAUAAACGUAGAUAAUGUCAACUGCGUCGAAAGUAACGUUUGGAUUAUGUUGUUUAACUUCGAUUAGUAUAGUGAUAUACGUACAUAACAGACAAGAGUAUGACAGAAAACAACUUCAUUUAGGUGUAGUACGUGAUAAGGAACUACAGGAACGGAGAAGGAUACAAAAUCUGUAUUAUCUCCAACAACAAAACGAGUUAACAAAGCAACUUAAACUUGCAGAAAGUCAAAAAAAAGAGCUUGAAACUGUGUAGUUUGUAAACAUAAUUUAACCUUCAAUAUUAAAUAGUUUGAUAUUUUUA